GUUGGUGUUAUCGUGCGUGUAUCUGUGGUUGCGUGCUGCCUGUGCCCUCGGUCGAUCCAAAGCAAAUUCUCCAUCAACUGCAGUUUCUCUUCAGGAUGUCAGGCAGAAGAGUAGUGGUGUUCUCUUCAGCAGCAGAGCUUGGUCCAACUCUGGCUCACCUGGUAGCAUUUCGGGCUGACAAGGCCCUGUUGGACCAUGGCCGGUUCUCCCUGGGCCUCUCAGGGGGCAGCCUGGUGCCCAUGCUCAGCAAGGAGCUGCCCGUCCUGCCAGACCUGGACUGCAGCCACUGGCUAGCAGGUUUCUGUGAUGAGAGGCUGGUUCCCUUUGACGAUGGAGAGAGUACCUAUGGACUGUACAAGAAUCGGUUGUUCUCCUAAAUCAACAUCCCAGACAGUGGGGUCCUGACGAUUGACCCCUCUUUAUCUGUACAGGAGUGUGCUGAGGAUUAUGCCCGCAAACUGAAGGAGGUACACACACACACACAUAUACACACACACACACAUAUACACACACACAGUUCAUUUAUCACUUGUAUGGUUAUGAAACAAAGUAAAGUUAUGACAUGAAACACAGAGAUAUUAUAGUCUAUUUUGGUAUUAAAGGCAGACUCAGCGAUAUGACGUAGAUGCAGAAAGUAAACAGCACAGUGGGUCAAUUUCCGCAACAACUAAGAGUGUUGAAUCGCAAGACUCAACUUCUCUGCUGAUUCGGUGCCCUGUCUACCACGCUGUGAACAGUGUGCAGGGAACCCGUGCAGAUACUUUGUGCGACCGCGUGGGAGCGAAGUGUUGCAUCUCGCUCAUCUCAAUACCUCCAGUGCUGCUUGUGGCAACGUCAUUUCACUGAGUCCUGAAAGGAGGAUAUCUCUGUGUUUGAUCUGUUUUGCUGCUGGACAUGGGGCCUGAUGGACACACCUGUUCCAUCUUCCCAGACCAUCCCCUGCUGUAGGUGAGCACAGUCUACAGCCCAGUUUCAGGUCGUCUUUAUUGCACUGUAGCCUCAUUGUUGACUCCUAGGUUGUCUUUUUUUGCAGUCGCGUUGCACUGUUUAUCAAAUCUCACAACGCCUGGAGAAGUGUUUAGCAUGUUUUAUGAUAAAGCAAUCUUCUUUAGACGACCUGGAACGCCACCUGUAUCACUCACUAGGUUGUAAUUCUGGUAUCAAAGGAGCUAAAACGGAUAAUUAUUUACAUCAAUGUUACUAAUACGUCUCCUUUUUUUUUUAUCCAUAUGGUCUUGUGAUGAUCAGAUCAUGACAUUACAUCUGUUCUCCAUGAGGGUUAAAAAACGUUAAAGGCAUUGCUUGGUCUGGGUGUAAUUAAAGCUGUUAGGUACUAUUCUCAUCAGAUAGUCUUUCAUGAAGGAAGGACUGUCUUCUGUUAUGGGAGAUCAGAAAACCCUCAGCAUACAUGUCCCAAGCAGCCGCCCUCUCCCAGUUUCAUGUUAUCUGAACUGGAAAUGAGCCAUAACCACUCUACAGUUAGUUAAAUACAAAUAUUUAGGUUUAGCACAUGUAAGGGAAGACGUUCAUGUUGACACAAACAUAAUGUAUUGUAGUGCAAAGCCAUGAAUGCAUGAUUGCAAAUUACUGUCAGACCGACAUAUGGGGCUUUUAACCAUGUUAGAAAAUCUCACACCACUUCACACACCCAUUGUUAAAAAUCCCCCUGGGAACCCAGCCUUCAGUCUAUCAUAAUUAGAACAUCUUUUAAAGACACUUAUAGAUAAUAUGCAGUAAGUUAAAAUAUGGAUUCAGAGGUUUGGGGCUAUAAAUGAAUGUAUAGCCAGUAUUUUGUGGCGUCUCAGUGUAAGGUUUAAAAAAAUUGUCUUUAGAUUCUUCCUUUCAGUUAAUUCAAGUCUGGUUCUGACCAGUAGUGUGUUUAUUUAAUGUGUUCCGUCACACACAUGUAUACACCUGUCCUGCCAUGCAUGUGUUGUUUUAGUCACUCCACUGGCUAUGUAUGGACCGUUCUUGUGUUUUGGUUUUACUCCUCUUUUAGGAAACCUAGAAAAUUGUGGCCCCAAUCGGUGACUCGCCCAAGCCCCCACCACAACGUGUGACCAUGACAUUUCCCAUGGUGAACUUAGCCCACUGUGUGGUCUUUGUGUCAACAGGGGGCAGCAAAGCACCAGUGCUAAAGGUACUGUAUCCUAUCCUCCAAACUGGCAUCCUCUCUGACGCAAUAAUAUCUCACCCUGAUCCUAACCUAUUAAGCAUCAAGAAAUGUCACUAUGAAGACUUGAUUCAGGUUAUUUGUAUUUAUGUUUACCUGUAAUUUACUGUUUAAAAAAAUAUAUAUCACAAAAAUAGAUCUCACUGUAAAACAGUAAUGCAUUGAGAGCAUUUCUGUGGUUGUUGUUAACACUACGAGAAGUGAGCUUUUCCUUUCAAGUGCUGGAGGGUGGUGAAGGCCCGGCCCUACCUGCAGCCAGAGUGGUCCUCAGCCACGGUGAGCUGUUCUGGCUCACAGAUGAACCGGCCACUGCUUCCUUGACACUCCAAAUGGAGAGACCACGCUCUGCAGCAAAACUCUACAGACCAAAGAGAAGGACAAAAAGGAGCUCAAAAACUCAACACCCACAGAGAAAAAUGUACAGGAUAUCAUUGAACAAUCCUGUUUCUAUUUGACAGUGUUAUGUUUUAGGCAUGAGAUUAAACCCUACCUAUCAGGGAAAUGGGAUUUAAGGGAAUUAAUGAAUGAAUAGGAAAAACAUUGGAUUGUUUACACAACAGUUGUAGAACGGUGCUGAAUGUAUGUAUAAUGAUGGGGAAACCAUUUGAAGUAGUUGCUGCAUGAUUCAUUCCAGAGGAAACGGUGUAAUGUCAUAAUAAUACAAAUAGUUUUACGGUUAAAGUUUCAGGGUUCUUUAGUGUGUACUAUACCUCUCUCAUCAUUACUCAAUGCCUAGGUUUACCUCCAAUGUACUCACAUCCUACCUUACCUUUGUCUGUACACUAUGCCUUGACUCUAUGCUAUCGUGCCCAGAAACCUGCUCCUUUUACUCUCUGUUCCGAACGUGCUAGACGGCCAGUUCGUAUAGCAUUUAGCCGUACCCUUAUCCUACUUCUCCUCUGUUCCUCUGGUGAUGUAGAGGUUAAUCCAGGUCCUGCAGUGGCUAGCUCCACUCCCACUCCCCAGGUGCUCUCAUUUGUUGACUUCUGUAACCGUAAAAGCCUUGGUUUCAUGCAUGUUAACAUUAUAAGCCUACUCCCUAAGUUUGUUUUACUCACUGCGUUAGCACACUCUGCCAACCCGGAUGUCUUAGCCGUGUCUGAAUCCUGGUUUAGGAAAACCACCAAAAACCCUGAAAUCUCCAUCGCUAACUAUAACAUUUUCCGCCAAGAUAGAACUGCCAAAGGGGGCGGUGUUGCAAUCUACUGCAAAGAUAGCCUGCAGAGUUCUGUAUUACUAUCCAAGUCUGUACCCAAACAAUUCGAGCUUCUACUUCUAAAAAUGCACCUUUCCAGAAACAAGUCUCUCACUGUUGCUGCUUGCUAUAGACCUCCCUCUGCCCCCAGCUGUGCCCUCGAUACCAUAUGUGAAUUGAUUGCCCCCCAUCUAUCUUCUGAGCUCGUGCUACUAGGUGACCUAAACUGGGACAUGCUUAACACUCCGGCCAUCCUACAAUCUAAGCUUGAUGCCCUCAAUCUCACACAAAUUAUCAAUGAACCUACCAGGUAUAACCCCAAAUCCGUAAACACGGGCACCCUCCUAGAUGUCAUCCUAACUAACUUGCCCUCCAAAUACACCUCUGCUGUUUUCAAUCAAGAUCUCAGUGAUCACUGCCUCAUUGCCUGCAUCCGUAAUGGGUCUGCGACCAAACGACCACCCCUCAUCACUGUCAAACGCUCCCUAAAACACUUCAGCGAGCAGGCCUUUCAAAUCGACCUGGCCGGGGUAUCCUGGAAUGACAUUGACCUCAUCCCGUCAGUAGAUGAUGCCUGGCUAUUCUUUAAAAGUGCCUUCCUCACCAUCUUAAAUAAGCAUGCCCCACUCAAAAAAUGUAGAACUAGGAAUAGAUAUAGUCCUUGGUUCACUCCAGACCUGUCUGCCCUUGACCAGCACAAAAACAUCCUGUGGCGUUCUGCAUUAGCAUCGAAUAGCCCCCGUGAUAUGCAGCUUUUCAGGGAAGUUAGGAGCAAAUAUACACAGGCAGUUAGGAAAGCUAAGGCUAGCUUUUUCAAACAGAAAUUUGCAUCCUGUAGUACUAACUCAAAAAAGUUCUGGGACACUGUAAAGUGUCACGUUCCUGACCUGUUUUCUGUUGUUUUGUAUGUGUGUGAUGGUCAGGGCGUGAGUUUUGGGUGGGCAGUCUAUGUUUUCCGUUUCUAUGUUGGUUUUGGGUUGCCUGGUAUGGCUCUUAAUUAGAGGCAGGUGUUUUGCGUUUUCCUCUAAUUGAGAGUCAUAUUAAGGUAGGUUGUUCUCACUGUUUGUUUGUGGGUGAUUGUCGCUGUGUCUGUGUAUUUUGCACCACAGGGUACUGUCUCGUCUCGUUCGUUCGGUCAUUCCUGUUUAUGUGUUCCUCAUUUCAUGUAAGUUCAUAGUUUAGGUCUGUCUUGUUCGUUUUGUUAUUUUGUAAAUCAUUUCAAGUGUAUUUCGUUUCGUGUUUUUCCGUCUUGUCAAUAAACAUUAUGUAUUCAUCA